AUGGCCGCCCUAGCAACCGCCGGAUGCGAGGAGAAACUGAUUGAAAAGUUGGAGAAAGAGAGGACAGUGACUGUUCAGUGCAGAAAAAACGGCUGGACAGAUGUGUUGGGGGAACUGGAAGAGUAUGAGAAAGUGCUGGAGGAAGAAAGAAAUGCUGAGAAGGUGAAUCUUCAAAAGCAGCUAGUGAAGAUCCAUAAUGGCGUGAGGAAAUUUCAGAGGCAUCUAACUGAUGUGAAACCAACUCCUGAAUUGAUUGAAAGACUGAAGGAAUUAAUGUCAGAGGUGGAAAUCUCAAUUAACACCCUAAAGGAGGAACAGCGGUCAUGCUUUGAGGAAUUUUUGAAGGAGGAGAGGACGUGCAGACAGGAGAUCACUGCCUAUGAGAAGAAGAUCGAAAACUGGAGCGUUGCUGUCAAAUCAAACCCCAAACUACCCACAGCUCCCACUGUUAAGAACACCAAACCCCCAGACAAAGACCUCCCUGCAGAGGUCAGAGCGCUGGAGGCUUUCCUGCAGAAGACCGGAGGCCCUUACGGCGGCUGGGACCAAUAUGACCACCAAGCCUUCCUUAAAGUCUGGACAAAGCACAGUGGGAGGCCAGCCUACAGGAAAGAGGCCAAACUGUACCUGCCUGGGAAAACAGUGGAGGAAAUAGAACAACAUGAGGACUGGCAUCAGGAGUUGAUCUACCUGCAGGACAGAAAGCGAGAGGCUAUUCAGCGGUGGAAAGCCGGCAAGCAUCGAGAACGCCAGACCAGGAUACAGAUUCAGGAGGAAACAGAAGAGGCAGAAAGGAAGGAGAAGGAGGCUUGGGGCCAGGCCCUGCAACACAGGACAGAGGAGGAGAAGAGGGAGGUGGCACGGCGACUGGAAGAGUGGAGGGAGGAGAAGAAAAGGAAAGAAGAGCAGGAAGAGAAGCAGAGACUGGCUGAGGAAAUACAAAACCGGAGAUGGGAAAAGGAAGAGCGUCGCCGCCAGCUGGAAGUGAAACUGACCAUAGAGGAGCAACUACGACAGAAGAGAGAGGAAGAGGAGGAGCAGAAGAGGAGGAAGAAAGAGGAAGAACAGAGAGAAAUGGAGGAGAGGAGAAGGGAGGCGACAAAGGGCAUCAAACGCUUUAAUGAAAGGGAUCUUCACAAGGUGGAGGCAAAGCUUCAUGAAAGACAGCUGAGGGAAAAAGAGGAGGAGGAAAGACAGAACAGGAUCACUGUUAAGUUAAAGGAGAAGGUGGAUGGUCGUGUCAGCAGAGACCCCUCCAGACUGACUCGUCCCACUAAGGGAUGGCAGGAGAGAAUGAAACACAUCGGACCUUCAGGAGGAGGACCAGAGCUACAGAUGUUUCAUAGAGCUGUUCCUACUUGGAGACAAGGCCUGUGAUGAAUCCAAAGAACCAGCCCUGAAAUAUAUUCAGGCAACUUUUUUUUACAGAAAUUAUAUCAAAAGAAAAUAUAUGAUUUAAUGGGAACUCAAUGCCAAAAGGUGCCUUUAUUAGAAUUUUCUCUGUGCUGCUGUUGGUGGUUUUGUACAAUUUGUGAAUCAAUCGCAAAUAAAACCUUGUUUCUAAGUUUG